CUUACUCCUCCUGCCAUCAUUAAAACAGUAAAAAAUACCGUGUGCGUCCCUGGGCGCGCUCCAUAGUCCAUACACUACAGCGGCGAACCUUUCCUUAUUCUCGCAACGCCUCGGUAACGGGCAGCGCCUGCUCCGCGCCGCGGUUGCGAGUUCGGGAAGGAGGAAGAGGAGGAGGAGGAGUAGGAGGAACCUGAGGAAGGAUUGAUCGGCUAAAAUGGGGAGGGGGCGCAGCGAGAUAAAGAGGAUAGAGAACCCCACGCAGCGGCAGUCGACGUUCUACAAGCGCAGGGACGGCCUGUUCAAGAAGGCCAGGGAGCUCGCCGUGCUCUGCGACGCCGACCUCCUCCUCCUCCUCUUCUCCGCCUCCGGCAAGCUCUACCACUUCCUCUCCCCGACCGUCCCGUCCGUAAAGGAGUUUGUCGAGAGGUACGAGGCCACGACGCACACCAAGGUUUGGGCAGAUAUCAGGCAGGAGCGGCGGGCCGAGCUGGAGAAGGUGGGCAACAUGUGCGACCUCUUGGAGAAGCAGCUGAGGUUCAUGACGGUGGACGACGGCGAGCAGUACACGGUGCCGUCGCUGGAGGCGCUGGAGCACAACCUGGAGGCGGCCAUGCGCAAGGUGCGCUGCGAGAAGGACCGCAAGAUCGGAGGCGAGAUCAGCUACCUUCAGAACAUUAUUAGGGGGCGGCAAGAGGAGCGUUACGGACUGUGCGACAAGAUUGCUCAUGCACAGACCCUGAAAGAUGUGGAAUGUGGAUCAACCUCACUAAGCAAUGGGCUGGACCUUAAACUUGGCUUCAACUAGGAACAGAUGGAACGUAGGUUUCAACUAGGAAAAGAUGUAAUCUUGAGCUUCAGAUAUUCUGCGUUGUUGCUGUUUAGAGCUCUAGUGUCAUACUGUCAUAUUAUGGAAGAUUAUGUUGGAAAUUUUCGGGUUGUAAGAAAGCACUACCUAAUUCUAGAAGCGUUUGAAAUAGGUUUUAUACUUUGUCUCUGAAGGAAUUUCCUGUAUGUCAUGUAUUAGGCAGCAACAUCAUCUGAAACUACUGAACUAUUCUCUUCCUCUAAAUUGUUUUCACUUGAGAUUUGAGAACCAAAAAAAGAGCAUAGACGAUUGAAGAAAAAAAAGAGAGAGGUAGAGAC